AGUUUUGUGAAGCGAAACAGAAAAACAAACCGACUCAACUCGAAAACACAGAUAGCGUCACUCAGUGUUGCAUUUCUGCAUGCUGAUUCGGUAAUGCAGCAGAGAGGCAGGCUCUUUAACCGUAGAUCCAGGACCUUUUCUAGAUCCCGCAUUGCCGUUGAGGGUUGUUAGUUAUUUACCCUUCUUUCUUUCACUUCCAAAUUCUAUAACUAUAACAAUCCCCCUUUCUUCUCUUCCAACAAUUCUUCUUUUUUAGCCUCUCUUGUAUUCAACAAUGGCCGCCGCUCAAAAUGUUGAGGAACGUGAGGUUCAGAAGAACUACUGGAUCGAACACUCUGUUGAUUUAACGGUGGAGGCAAUGAUGCUUGACUCCAAAGCCUCUGAUCUUGACAAGGAAGAACGUCCUGAGGUGCUUUCUCUGCUCCCAUCAUACGAAGGAAAAUCAGUUUUGGAAUUUGGAGCUGGUAUUGGUCGUUUCACUGGAGAAUUAGCUCAGAAGGCUGGACAGCUUGUUGCUGUGGACUUCAUUGAGAGUGUUAUAAAGAAGAAUGAAAACAUCAAUGGGCAUCACAAGAAUGUCAAGUUUAUGUGUGCUGAUGUGACGUCCCAAGACUUGAAAUUUUCAGAAGAAUCAGUUGAUUUAAUAUUCUCAAAUUGGCUUCUUAUGUACCUCUCUGACGAAGAGGUCGUGAAUUUGGCCGAGAGGAUGGUCAAAUGGUUAAAGGUCGGUGGGUAUAUCUUCUUCAGAGAGUCUUGUUUCCAUCAAUCUGGAGAUAGCAAGCGAAAGCACAACCCAACUCACUACAGGGAGCCCCGAUUUUACACAAAGGUCUUUAAAGAGUGCCAUGCAAGUGAUGGUUCAGGAAACUCUUUUGAACUCUCUCUUAUUGGAUGCAAAUGCAUUGGAGCUUAUGUGAGAAACAAAAAGAAUCAAAAUCAGAUUUGUUGGGUAUGGCAGAAAGUCAGUUCGCAAGAUGACAAGGGAUUCCAGCGUUUCUUGGAUAAUGUUCAGUACAAGUCCAAUGGCAUCCUGCGCUAUGAGCGUGUCUUUGGACCAGGUUUUGUGAGCACGGGAGGAGUUGAAACAACUAAAGAAUUUGUUGCAAAGCUUGAUCUUAAGCCUGGCCAGAAAGUGCUAGAUGUUGGAUGCGGUAUUGGGGGAGGUGAUUUUUACAUGGCUGAGAACUUCGAUGUAGAAGUUAUCGGCAUUGACCUCUCCAUCAAUAUGAUUUCAUUUGCUCUUGAACGGGCCAUUGGACUCAAAUGCGCAGUUGAGUUUGAAGUUGCUGAUUGCACAAAGAAGACAUAUCCUGAUAACUCAUUUGAUGUUAUCUAUAGCCGUGACACCAUUCUUCACAUUCAAGACAAACCUGCAUUGUUUAGAUCAUUUUACAAGUGGUUGAAGCCUGGAGGUAAAGUUCUUAUUAGUGAUUACUGUAAGAGUGCUGGGACUCCAUCCUCAGAAUUUGCAGAGUAUAUUAAGCAGAGAGGAUAUGAUCUUCAUGAUGUAAAAGCAUAUGGCCAGAUGCUUAAGGAUGCUGGUUUUGAUGAUGUCAUUGCGGAGGACAGAACUGAUCAGUUCAAUCAAGUUCUUAAGCGCGAAUUGGAUGUUAUUGAGAAGGAGAAAGAUGAGUUCAUCCAUGACUUCUCUGAGGAAGACUAUAAUGACAUCGUUGGUGGAUGGAAGGCAAAGUUGAUCAGGAGUUCAUCUGGUGAGCAGAGAUGGGGCCUGUUUAUUGCAAAGAAAAAUUGAUUUAGAUCUUCAUAACAUGCUCCUACCUCUAAGGCUUUAAAUAAAAUGUUAUGAACAAUGAACCAUAUGUCCUUGGUGAUAUUAUGGCUGAUGUUUGAAUUAAAUUAUUGUAGUAUUUUUAUGACUUUAAUUGAUUAUCCUUUCAUUUGGAAACAA